CAAGAGUACUCUACACGCAAAUCCGGCACUGUGCACAAGCCAACCCCGUCAUUCCGCAUGCAGACAAGCAAGUCGCCGUCAGGUCACCGUCAGUCAACAUUUACUUUACUUUCACAUUACGGCUGACGUGCAUCAACGCGCAAAGGCAAACCAAACCAAAGGGAGCGUUCGCAUGUGCACUUUCUUGCCCUCUUUUAUUUGAAUUGCUGUCGCGGUGUUGUUUUCUUUUCUCCCAUAUAAACAAGCAUUUCAUCAAAUCAAAAUCCUUCGAUGGUGUUCAUCCCUGACAUUGUCCACUUUCCCUCGGUGCCAAGGCCUUUUUAAACCGGUCUUCACCUUUUUCAUUACCUUCACUUGAGCGCAAUCGUAACUGUUUAACUGUGACCUCCCCGCCUCAUUCAUCAGACAAAUCAAAAUGAGCGCGCCGCCACCUCCCAAUGCUCCGAACGGGCAGCCUGGGCAGGCGCCCAAACGCCCGUACCGCCGACCGCGCGCGGUAAAUCCAUUGGUGGCGCGAGGCCGAAACGACCCAUCCAAGCAGAUGAACCGGCCCGCGUCUACCGUGAAGCCGUCCGCGACUGUCAUUGCGAAAGCCGGUCCGUCAAAGGAUCCAGUCGAGGCUCUCCGGGAGCAGGACUACCAGAAGCUCAAGGACUUUGAGGCUCGGCGCAAGCUCAACGGUGGCUGGACCGAUCCUGCGCCGCCAAAUGUUGUCGAGUAUCCGCUGAUGAUCUCUAAGCGUGCCCUCAUGGAAGCACGCUACCAUGUCAUGCGAUUGUCCCGGGCCAAGGCAGUCCAAGGCGAUCCAAUAAAUGGUAUCGAUCCCACCGACCCCGAACAGUUCUCGCGUCCUGUUACUCUCCAUCGCCGCGAUCCCCGACAGCCAGCGGCGGCCAGAGUCGUACCAGAGGAGGAGGAAGUCAAGGCGAGCCCACCUCCACCCGAGCCUACAACAGACGACAAGGAGGCCGAGAGAUUGGCACAGAUCAAAGCGGAUAAGGAAGCCCAACGUGCAGCGGACCUUGCUCAGAUAGCACCAACAAUCAAGCCAAACGAGCCACCUGCGCAAAAGAAGCCGCAGCCCCAAAAGAAAGAAAAGGCUUUUACGUCGCAUAGACAAACGAAGAAAGACUACGAUCCCAAGACAUCCGAACUGCGUUAUGAAGAAGCUCUACCAUGGCAUUUGGAAGAUGCGGAUGGCAAGAACGUGUGGGUUGGUCAAUACGUUGCUGCUCUAUCCCAGGCAAACGUUGGUCUUGUUAUCAGCGGCGAGGGCUUUAAAAUGGUCCCGCUGGAGAAGUACUACAAGUUCACUUCAAAGCCUCACUUCAAGGCAUUCAGCAUUGAGCAGGCCGAGAGCAUCAUGAAGCAAAACGUCGCUAUCGGCCCGCACAAGAUGACCGAGGAGAAGAAGGAGCAAAUGAAGCUCGAGCAAGAGAUAGCGGCUACGCGGGAUUUCCUUCGAGGUGGCAGGGCAACCAAGGUCAAGAAGGAAAGCAACACCUAUCGGUCCGCUCCCAGAUCUGAGAAGCUUGAUCAGGACGACAUUGAUAUGUCUGGAGAUGAGUUCCAGGAUGAUGAUGAAAACCACACGUUUGAGAAGGAGAGGGAUGAGGAGACCAAGGAGGCAAAAGAGCGACAACGGCGCAAUCAUCUCGGCGCCAACCUGUUUGGUGAUGCGAACGAGAAGCAAGUGGAGAAAGAGGAGGCCGAGGAGGAGCUGAUGGAGCAACUGCGAAAGGAAGAGGGCAAGCGUGUCCGCAAGGCUCUGGCCCGUCGUGAAAAGCACUUGAUGUACCAGAGUGAUUCGGAUGACAAGGACAACCCAUAUGACUCGUCGAGUAGCUCAGAAUCUGAGCCGGACGAGGAAAAGGAAAAGGAAGCCAAGGAGAAAGAGGCCAAGGAGAAGGAGGCGAAAGAGAAAGAAGCCAAGGAAGCCAAAGAGAAGGAAAAGCUUUCUGUGGGAGCCUCGGCUAAAGGCAGUGGAACCUCACCUAGUAAGAACAAGCAAGGGAAGUCCCUCAAGCGCCCGGGUUCCCCCAACCUAUCCGAAUCAAGCGAGAACGAAGCAUCUCGCAAGAAGGCAAAGAAAUUGGCUACCGGCUCAGUACAACCCAGCCGCUCCGGAACCCCAGUGCCUGGGCAGCGUGUCAAGGGCCCCGGUGGUGCUACCAGCGAUGGUGAGGCUACUGGUGGAGAGAUGUCAGAUGGCGGUAUUAAGAAGAACCGACUUAAGUUGGGAGCCACCGGCAGCAGUUCUCGCGGCACACCCGUCGGCUCCAGGGCCGGAAGCCCUAAUCCGGGAUCAGGCUCUAAACCUGGAUCACCCAUCAAGGGUGACAGCCCGAAGCCCGGCGUGGUCACUCCUGACGAGAUCGUGGCCGCUCUUGCAGCAAACCCACAGGGCAUUGCUAUUGGAGAUCUGCUGAAGCGAUACUUCAGUGACCGAGUUGGAACGGGCGAAAACCAGAUUCACAGGAAGGAGUUCAUCAGUCUUGUCGUCCGCCACUCACAACUGGACAAGGUCGAUAAGCUGCUGCGGAUGAAGCCAAGCAAAUAGUGUACUUGCUUGUAUUGCACUGUCACGUCUCCGGCAGUUGUGGCCGCCCUCGCAGCAAAUCCGAGGGGUAUCAGCUGUCGGGACUUUUAUAGGCGAUAUUUUAGGCAUGUCAAGACGCACAAUAACAUCAAAAAGCUCGCCCAUACAGUAAAACUCCAUUCAUCCAGGGAAUGGACCACGGGUGGUUUGAUUCUAAGACCAACAAUAUGAGGCUGAAGUUCUUCUGCGAGUCGUAGGACUAGAAAAUAGUAUGGCCAAUGUCCCAUUAAAUCCGGGAACAGUCGGUUUCUGGAUUCUUUGCGGUUGAUUAUCAUAACGCAUAGUGUACAAUAGCGGAACCCAGCGCAAAGGAGAUACUUUUUUUUGGACCAAGUGAUAAUUAAGGCAGCGAGCACUUUCGUCGUUAUGAAGCAACCUAAAGUAUAUAUAAUACUCAUUCAUCCAUUUGCCAAUUAUAUUCGAGAUCCUUGGUUCGUUCACGCCGGUUUAAUGCUUUGAACCGUUCAGCCUCGAAACCAAUUCCACGGUCGACGCCGUCCCAGCGGUAGCCUGGCCGUAUCCCAUAUCUGUUGGGAGCCGCAGGUCCUUUGUAAACCGGCCUGCCCUUGACUCGCCUGCCACCAGUUUUGGCUGUGCCUCCAGCCUCCCUCUUGUCGCUUUCACUCAUGAACUGCAUCAUGGGAUCAUUCCACCUCUGUUCGGACCUCAAGGCAUUAUUCAUCUCCUCGUCGUCCUUGCCUCUGGCCAGAGGCAUGAGCGCUGCAUCCUCGAGCUUCUCGCGGCGGCGGCGCGCCUCUUCGAUCUGAACCUCUCCCUUGAGGGCCUCCUUGGCAGCCCGCUCCUUCUCGGCCUCGGCUUUCCUCUUUUGCUCCCGUUGCAGUGUGACGUCUAUCCGACGGCCCGUGGCGUCGCGGAAUACCGUCUCCUCCUCCCCACUGCUGUCGCCGCCGCGCGCUGCCCGCCGCUCUGCCCGCUCCCGCUCGUACUGCGCCUUUUCCUCGGCGCGCCUCCUCUGCAGCUGCGCCGCCACGGUUGCGGCGGUCUGGAGGCCCGCGUGCGUGCCGUCGCUCAUCUUGACAGCUGCCGCCGCGGCGCCGUCCACGACUGGCGCAUCGUCCUCGGCGGCCCGAGCAGCGGCGUUUUCUGCGGCCGCCGACGCUAGGAUAGCAUCUGCUGCUGCCGCCUCUUGAUCUGCGUUGUUGUUGAUGUCUUGCUUGCUGCUGCCACCGCCGAGCGUCUUCCAGCUCGACUUGGUGGCCCUUCUGAACUCGGCCGACGUUCCCGCUACCGUCGCUGUGGAGCCCAGCUCGUCGGCGUCGGCGUCGCGGCUCGACGGUUUGGUCCAGGCUGCAUCGUCGUCGUCGUCCUGAAUCAAGAGGCCAUCGCCUUCCUUCUUCUUCUUGCUGUCGCCAUGCUUCCUCUUGCGCUUCUUUGAGGGUUUCGGGUCGGCUGUGAGAUAGUGGUCGGCAAGGUACGAUGCCAAGUCCGAUGGCAUGCUGGCGUGGCGUGUGGAACAACGAUGCCCGCUCGGAUGGAACAGCGGAGUGAGAUGAGUCCUCCGGUCUCUCUGUUACCCUUGAUUGAUGAAUAAUCUACUAUUCGUAUAAUUGUAUUCUCGUAUCCAGUCCCAAAAGUCGAUGCACAGUUGCUACAAUCCGAUUGUUGUGGGGCCAAAUUAGAUUGGAAGAAAUGCACGGGCACCCAGUAGCUUACCUACGAAUCCACUGAACCCGGAUUCAGG